GUGAACACGUCAUUGCGUCAGUCUCUGCAGAGACACACCGCUGCCCAUAUCGUCACCAUCAUCACAUCAUCACACACGGCUUUGUUACUUUCCGUAAAUAUUUAAUCGGCAUAAAACCCACCGACAAUUCAUCACAUCUGAGGCGGCAUUGCUGUUAUAUUCUACACAAUAUCGUAUAUUUGGGCAUAUUGGAGCUGAAGAAUGCAGGAACUGCUGACAUCAAGCUUUUCGUCUGAGGACUCCAGUCUUCCAUCCACCCCAACAUCUGACGCUUCAUCCAAACGUUUGUCCUGGAGCGGAUUGAUGCAGAAAAGUCUGGACUCCGAAUCGGAUAGCCACAGUAGCACAGACGACGACUCAGACGCAGGUUCAAUAUCCCUCCCCGAUUCGUCCGAAUCCGACCUGUUUUUCGACCCCAUGGAGGAAGCGUUGUGUAAAGAAGUGGUGCAGCUCAUCGCACUUGACCUGUCCGAAGCCAAAGACGACGUCUUGCACUGCUCCAAACUCCUCAUACCUGAGAAACUUCUGGAGCACAUCGGCCAAGAGCUGAUGCAUCUGUCCGUCAGCGAGCCCUGCGGCCUGCGGGGGGCGCUCAUCGACCUGUGCGUGGAGCAGGGGGGCAGUUGUGAGGCCGCGGGGCAGAUAGCGGUUGACCCUAAUCUGGUGCCCACCUUCCAGCUGACUCUGGUGCUCCGCCUGGACUCCAAGGGGAUCUGGCCAAAGAUCCGUGGGCUUUUCGCGGGACGCUCGCCGGCAUCUCCGGGCGUUCGACAUGCACUUAAACUCAGCACUGGAUUUAGAGUUAUUAAACAGAAACUGUACAGCUCCGAAGAGCUUCUGAUAGAAGAAUGCUGAGACUGUCAAUCAUGGAGCUUUUCUAGUUUUUUAUUAUACCUCUCGUAACCCUUUGGCCCGCACGAGGCCGGACGUUAUAACAGUGUUGUAUGACCGUUGUCCACGAUGAAUGGACUGAGACUAUAUCUGUGGUGUGUUCGAGAAAUGUUGAGGUUGCACUUCAGACGUUUGAAGCAUGUACCUCCGAUGUGGCAGCUAUAAUACAUGUGUCAUGUGCUCAUUAUUAUUUUUAUGCAAGUUUGUUGAAGUGUCGGAUGCAAUAACGCCUUUAGAUCAAAUGCAAAAGGUACUUUUUAAAUGUAUUUUUAAACCAUCAAAUGCCUAUUUCAUGCAAACUAUUUAUUUGAUAUUCAAAUGCAAUGCGUACUGUUUUUGUACUUGCGUUUAAAGAAAUGCAGAAAAUAAAUUUAUUUUUUGAAGAAACGA